UGGGCAGGUUUCGUGUUCCUCGUAUGUGCUUCUCCUUUGUUUCUGUGUCUACCAUUUUUCAAAAUCCCGUCUUUCACUUGUCGACCGUUACCUUCAAAACCCACUUGGAAGAUGGAAACUUUUCAUAUGCCAAAGAACAAUUUGCAACCUUGUGUUCCAAUGGGCGUAUCAGAGAAGCGUUUCACAACUUUCUUUCUUAUAUAUGGUCUGAACCCCGUUUGUUCUCAAAUCUCAUACAAGCAUGCAUUCGCACAAAGUCUGUUUCUUUGGGGAAGCAGCUUCAUUCUUUGAUUAUUACUUCUGGCUGUUCCUCGGACAAGUUCGUCUCCAACCAUCUCCUCAACGUGUAUUCUAAAUUUGGGGAGUUUCGAGCUGCAGUCUUACUGUUUGAUAGAAUGCCUACUAGGAACACCAUGUCGUGUAACAUCAUGAUCAAGGCCCAUCUUGAAAUGGGUAGUUUUGAGAGUGCCAAGAAAAUGUUUGAUGAAAUGCCUGAGAGGAACGUUGCUACUUGGAAUGCAAUGGUCACUGGGUUGGCCAAGUUUGAAAUGAAUGAGGAGUCUUUGUUCUUGUUUUCACAGAUGAAUGAGUUGGGUUUCAUGCCGGAUGAGUACUCACUGGGCAGUGUGCUUAGGGGAUGUGCACACUUGACAGCUUUGUUUGCAGGCCAACAGGUUCAUGCUUAUGUUAUGAAAAGUGGGUUUGAGUUUAAUUUGGUUGUCACAUGCUCUUUAGCCCACAUGUACAUUAAAGCUGGAAGCUUAAGUGAUGGAGAGAGAUUGAUCAGAUUGAUGCCAAAUUGUAAUGUGGUUGCUUGGAAUACACUUAUGUCUGGAAAAGCUCAAAAUGGGUGUUUUGAGGGAGUUUUGGAUCAAUACUGUUUGAUGAAAAAGGCAGGUUUUAGACCAGAUAAGAUUACUUUUGUGACUGUGAUCAGUUCAUGUUCGGAGUUAGCCACACUUGGUCAAGGGAAGCAAAUACAUGCCGAAUCAAUCAAAGCAGGAGCUAGUUCUAUAGUUGACGUAGUUAGCUCAUUAGUUAGCAUGUACUCUAGAUGUGGAUCCUUGCAAGACUCUAUGAAAGCUUUUUCGGAAGGCAAACAGCGAGAUAUUGUAUUGUGGAGCUCAAUGAUUUCUGCUUAUGGGUUUCAUGGUCAAGGGGAAGAAGCUAUAAAGCUCUUUAAUGGGAUGGAACAAGAAAAUUUUCCAGGAAAUGAAGUUACAUUUUUGAGCUUGUUAUAUGCAUGUAGUCAUUGUGGAUUGAAGGACAAAGGACUUGAUUUCUUCGAGUUGAUGGUACAAAAGUAUGGACUCAAGGCUAGACUAGAACACUAUAAUUGUGUCGUUGACCUACUAGGUAGGUCUGGCUGUUUGGAAGACGCAGAAGCUAUGAUACGUUCCAUGCCUAUGGAACCAGAUGCCAUUAUAUGGAAAACACUGUUAUCUGCAUGUAAGAUCCACAAGAAUGCAGAAAUGGCAAAACGGGUUGCCAAAGAAGUUCUUAGGAUCGAUCCUCAAGACUCAGCAUCAUAUAUUCUUCUUGCCAAUAUUCAUGCUUCUGCUAAUAAGUGGCAGGAUGUUUCUGAGGUGAGGAAGGCCAUGAGAGGCAAGAUGUUGAAGAAAGAACCAGGCAUAAGUUGGGUAGAAAUAAAGAAUCAGGUUCACCAGUUCUGUUUGGAUGACAAAUCCCACCCACAAUCUGCAGAGAUCAAUCGGUAUCUGGAUGAACUAACUUCAGACAUGAAGAUGCGCGGUUAUGUCCCGGAUACUAGCUCUGUAACGCAUGACAUGGACAAUGAGGAGAAAGAAUACAACUUGGCACACCACAGUGAGAAGAUGGCAAUUGCUUUUGCAUUGAUGAAUUGCCCAGAGGGAAUGCCAAUAAGGGUGAUGAAGAACUUGCGCGUUUGUAGUGAUUGCCAUGUUGCCAUCAAGUACAUAUCAGAGAUAAAAAAUUUAGAAAUUGUUGUGCGAGAUGCUAGCAGGUUUCACCAUUUCAAAGAUGGUACAUGUUCUUGUGGAGAUUAUUGGUAAUGUACAGUUUUUCAUUGAUCACCAUUUCAAGUGUACUUCAGUACUUGUAUAUACUAUGCCCUCCUGUUUAUUAUUAUUUGUAGUUUCCCACUUUCCAUGAUCUAUUUGUGUGUCAUUGCUAAUUGGGCCAAUGACCCAUGAUUCAUAUUUCAAUUCUGGUAGUAUGAUACUAUAAUCUCAUGCCACGUGCCACAAGAUCAUUGGCUGAAACUCUCACUUGGAUUGGUCUGUCAGGAGGCCUUAUAUAUCUCUAUGGGUAAGGUUUUUAAUUUUUUGAAUUUUGACAGAAAAAUGGUCCAUGACUGGUUUGAAUCUGCCUCUUUCUUUUUAGCAUUAGCUAGCAGGCAUGUCUUCUAAUGUUCCAUGUUGUUUUCUAAUUGUUCUCUCUCUCUCUCUCUCUCUCAAAGGUAGUUUGCAAGGAAAAAGGCAUUGGUACAUAAAGUGGUUUUUUUCUAUAAAAAGCUAUAAUUGCAUUCCACCACCAAUGGAAGAGUUGCAUGUUACACAUGGCUAAAGGCUUAUAUGUAUGUGAAGCAGAGUGUAGGUUGGUCUGAAUAUUAUUUAUGGUUUAUUUGAAUUUCAUGGCUGGUAGGUUCUUGUUUCAGGUUCUAACACAAUGCUAUAUCAAACUCUCACAGAUGUUUCCACUGUCAUCAAAAACCAAAACAAGAAAAGCAUCACUUAUCAUUAGUGAAUGAUAUUGCAUUCAGUCCAAUGUAUGUGACUUCUUGUUUAUAAGUUGCUAUUUUGGAUUAGGAAACUAACUUUGGUUAAUUUAACUUCUGUUUUAGGAUGACAGGUGCUUUUGUCACCGGUGAUAAUGAAGGUGAUAAUGAAGGUUACGUUACCAUAUGGGAUGCUAAAAAUAGAAAAUUUUUAGUUGAGGUUAUGCAUCAAAUCACAAGGGGUGCUUAACUCAGCAAGGCAAAAUCCUUAUUAUGCGACACGUUUUAUUUGAUGUAACCAGGUUCCCUUACUCCACUCUUUUUCCUAAUUCCACCCCAUCUAAGCCUCAGCAACAAUUCCCUCAUACACACCUUGUUUUACCACUUCAUCCUACCCCAUCUAUUCCUCCAUCACCUUCUGUUGACAUAUCCCCUCACACUUCAUCACAAUUUUCUUCCCAUAGUCCUACUCAAACUGAUUCUAAUUCUUCUUCUGAUGUGCCCAUCUCUGAUCCUACCCCUCCUUCUCCUUUUACACCAUGUACACCAUCUACUUCUACACAAAGUAACCUCACUCAACCUCAUCAAAUUAUUCAUCCUUAGUAUUCCAAUUCAAGGGAUUGAAUCCAAUUUGGAAAAACUACUCUUUCACUCAACAUUCAUCCAAUGCAAACCCGUUCAAAAUCAGGAAUUGCCUAGUGUUGAGGUGCCAAAGUAGUGUUGUGUCCUUAUCAUACAAUCACGAGGGACAACUUAUCGCUGUAGCAUCUAGCCAUACAUACAAAGCAGCAAAGAGAACAGAAGGGCCUCAUGGGAUAUUCAUCCAUAAAGUGGACAACGUUGAUAUUGGAUCAGUUUCUGCUGGUAGUAAAAGUUAGGGCCAUGGCUCUGGCAUAUAGAAAUGUGUUGAUUUAGGCCUCUGUUUUGAUGGCAAUUGUAGAUUUGUUGUUUGAUAUUUUGUAAUGUAAAUUGUUGUUUGGUAUUUAGGUCUCUGUCUUGAUGAUUUCUAUUUCAGCAGGUUUUUAAUGAUGAUUUCUAAUUAUGCGUUACUUAUUGGUUA